GCGUGCUCGCUUCAGGGAUGGGCCGCGCCUGGCGGGCGCUGCGGGCCCUGCGCCUGCGGCUCCUGGGGCCAGAGAAGGAGCUGGUGGGCACCGACCAGUUCGGCAACAAGUACUACCGCGUGCCUCAGCACCAGACCAGCGCAGGGCAAAUUAAACCUGAAAGAAGGUUUGUAGAAGCAGUAAAUCGGCAAGCAUAUCAGUACGAGAUGGGUGACUUUCCAACAGAAUGGGAAGCUUGGAUAAGAAAAAAAAGAAAGGAUCCACCCACCAUUGAGGUAAGAGAUGAAUUGUCUUUAGAUUUUCAAUUGUGA